GCCCCACGCCGCUGCCUCUGCCUCCGGGCCACCGCUGCUGCGGGGCCACCAUGCUCCUGCCCAGGCCUGGAGACUGACCCCAAAAGGGCACUAUCUCUCAGCUCCGCCCCCACCUGCCGGACCCCAGGGUCCCACUCCGGCCCAGGAGGUCAGCCGGGGAAUCAUUAACAAGAGGCCGUGACAUGGCGGAGAAAGAGGGUGGCAGGGCUGCGCCAUGCUGUUCCGGAUCCAAGGUGGCAGCUCUCGCUGUGGGGACCCUGCUGCUCCUGACAGGCAUCGGGGCAGCAUCCUGGGCCAUUGUGACCUUUCUACUCAAGAGUGAUCAGGAGCCGCUGUAUCCGGUGCAGGUCAGCCCGGCCGACGCCCGGCUCAUGGUGUUCGACGACACGGAGGGCACGUGGCGGCUGCUGUGCUCCUCGCGCUCCAACGCCCGGGUGGCGGGCCUGGGCUGCGAGGACAUGGGCUUCCUCAGGGCCCUGGGCCACUCGGAGCUGGACGUGCGGACGGCUGGCGCCAACGGCACGUCGGGCUUCUUCUGCGUGGACGAGGGGAGGCUGCCGCUGGCCCGGAGGCUGCUCGAGGUCAUCUCCGUGUGUGACUGCCCCAGGGGCCGUUUCCUGGCUACCGUCUGCCAAGAUUGUGGCCGCAGGAAGCUGCCCGUGGAUCGCAUCGUGGGAGGCCAAGACACCAGCCUGGGCCGGUGGCCGUGGCAAGUCAGUCUUCGCUAUGACGGAGCCCACCUCUGUGGAGGGUCCCUGCUCUCUGGAGACUGGGUGCUGACAGCUGCCCACUGCUUCCCUGAGCGGAACCGGGUCCUGUCCCGAUGGCGAGUGUUCGCCGGCGCUGUGGCCCAGGCCUCCCCCCAAGGCCUGCAGCUGGGGGUGCAGGCCGUGGUCUACCACGGGGGCUAUCUCCCCUUUCGAGAUCCCAACAGUGAGGAAAACAGCAAUGAUAUCGCCCUGGUGCACCUGUCCAGCCCCCUGCCCCUCACCGAAUACAUCCAGCCCGUGUGCCUCCCGGCCGCCGGCCAGGCCCUGGUGGACGGCAAGAUCUGCACCGUAACCGGCUGGGGCAACACGCAGUACUACGGCCAACAGGCUGGGGUACUCCAGGAGGCCCGAGUCCCCAUAAUUAGCAACGAUGUCUGCAAUGGCCCCGACUUCUACGCGAACCAGAUCAAGUCCAAGAUGUUCUGUGCCGGCUACCCUGAGGGUGGCAUUGACGCCUGCCAGGGUGACAGCGGUGGCCCCUUCGUGUGUGAGGACAGCAUCUCUCGGACGCCACGUUGGCGGCUGUGUGGCAUCGUGAGCUGGGGCACCGGCUGUGCCCUGGCCCAGAAGCCGGGUGUCUACACCAAAGUCAGUGACUUCCGGGAGUGGAUCUUCCAGGCCAUAAAGGUGAACUUUGGGCCCAGAUGGGAGCCGGGGGGCCAGAGUGUUUGAGACUCUGAUGGGGAAGAGGGAGGAGGCAGGUUUUCUGGAAACCUGUGCUCAGGCCCAGAAGAGGACGGCCUAGGGAACAGAUGGGUUUCAGGGGGCUUCUGGGGAGGGGAGGGGAGCUGGGGAAGCCUCUCAGACCUCAGAAGCCCCCAGUCGUCUUUCCCCAGACUCACUCCGAAGCCAGCGGCAUGGUGACCCAGCUCUGACCUGUGGCCUCUCCUUGAUGCGCACACCUCCAGGGCCCAAGUUCACCCAGGUGGCUCCAGCUUCCCCUCGCUCCCCCCUCCGGUGGGCUUCACCCUGGGCCUGGAGUGGGACAUUUUUCUUCUUGGGCUGAGCCCACAGGUCCAAGGAUACCCUCCCUCCACAGUGGCGGGCCCACUCAGCCCUGGGACCACCCGAGCCUCACCCUCCUGAUCCCCAUGUAAAUAUUGUUCUGCCAUCUGGGGACCCCCAUCUAGGUGCCCCUGAUGACAGGAUGCUCUUUAAAUAAAAAAGAUGGU